AUUGAGGAGCUGUGGUCCAUCAGAGAUCAGCUUGCUGAUCUCAGCUCUGAAGUCCAACUCCUCCUAUCUGAAACGUCUGGACAUGAGUAGUGACAGUUUUUCCACAAAUGCGAACAAGCUGCAGGAUUCAGGAGUGAAGCAUCUGUCUGGUUUUCUGGAGAGUCCAGGAUGUAAACUUGAAACUCUGAGGUUGAGGAGCUGUGGUUUGUCAGAGACCAGCUGUGAUUAUCUGGCAGCAGCACUGAAGUCCAACCCCUCCCAUCUGAGAGAGCUGGACCUGAGUAAUAAUAACUUGCAGGACAUGGGGGUGAAGCAGCUGUGUGUUUUUCUGAAGAGUCCAGGAUGUGGACUUGAAACUCUGAGAUUGGAGACCUGUGGUUUGUCAGAGAUCAGCUCUCUGAUCUCAGCUCUGUUCAAGUCCAAUCCCUCUCAUCUGAAACAUCUGGACCUGAGUAACAACAACUUGUGUAAUUCAGAAGUGGAGCAGCUACGUAGCUUUCUUGAGAGUUCAGCCUGCACACUGGUGUAUCAUGGAUCUAAGACAUCUGUUCAGGAUCAGCUGUUAGACCUGUUGGAUGAUUUGGGAGAGGAGGAGCUGAAACUUUUUCACUGGUACCUGCAGAAUGUACCUGUAGGUGAUUUUCCAACCAUGAAAAAAAGUCGUCUGGAGAAAGCAAGCAGAAGGAGAACAGUGGAUCUUAUGAUGGCGACAUAUACUAACAAUGUGAUGGAGGUGGCCAGAUUAAUUUUAGAGAUGACAAAGGAAGACUCUCUUCAGGCCUGUCAGCUCAAACUCAAGUCACACCUGAAGCACAAGUUCCAGUGUGUGUUUGAGGGCAUCGCUAAAGCAGGCCCAACCCUCAGUCCUAAUGGACACCUGGACUUGUUCCUCCGCUUCCUCCUGGGUCUUUCACUGCAGACCAAUCAGGAUCUCCUAUGUAUGCUGACACAGACGGGAAGUAGCUCACAGACCAAUCAGGAAACAGUUCAGUACAUCAAGACGAAGCUAGGUGGGAAACUGUCUACAGAGAAAACCAUCAAUCUGUUCCACUGUCUGAAUGAACUGAAUGAUCAUUCUCUAGUGGAGGAGAUCCAACAGUCCCUGAGAUCAGGAAGUCUCUACACAGAUCAACUGUCUCCUUCUCAGUGGUCGGCUCUUGUCUUCGUCUUACUGUCAUCAGAUCUUGCUGUGUUUGACCUGAAGAAAUACUCUGCUUCAGAGGAGGCUUUUCUAAAGCUGCUUCCAGUGGUCAAGGCCUCCAAGAAAGUGCUGCUGAGAGAUUGUAAACUCUCAAAAAGAAGCUUUGAAGCUUUGUAUGAAAUUCUCCGCUCCCCAUCCAAUCAUCUGAGAGAGCUGGACCUGAGCUGGAACGAGCUGCAGGAUUCAGAAUUGGAUUUGCUGUGUGUUGGACUAAAGAGUCCUGACUGUAAACUUGAAACUCUCAG